AUAACUUGUGUGCAUCUGGACCUCCGUCGACCACCCCUGUUCUAAGAGACUUUGCUGGGAUUACGCGCCACGCGAGGCCACCGAAAAGUUUUUUUCCCCAAAAAACACCUGUUGAAGACUUCCAGCGAAAUGCAGCUAAGGAGCGCUCCCUGCCACAAGGCCCUGUCCUGAAUGUGUUCAGCCGCCGAGUGUGUGCUGCCUCAGCUGCUAAGCUGUGAGGGACUGGGCAGCCCUGCAAGGACCCAUGGCAGGGUCCCAGCCUCCCAAAGUACCCCUGGGUCCUGGGUACAUCGAACACCCCAGGUCAACGACAUGGAGUUAACCUGGCAGGAGCUGAUGGCUAUCACCGAACUCCAGGAGUUGGAGGUGCCCAAUGACAGCACGUUCCAGCCGACCACGUACCCGCCCUGUGAGGCCAUGGCGGCCUUCGAUAGUUUCGGAGGGGGCCAGCCGGCCCCACAGACCCUCCUUCACGGCUGUGGCGCUAAUCCCACCAGCGAUUUUGCGGGGCACUACCCUGAGGUGAUGUCAGCAUGCCAGCACCCUUCAGAGGCCCAAUACGGGACCCUCCGGCCCCACCCCACCGGCCGGCUGUUCCCCCCCACCCCCCACCCCCUGCAGCCUGGCCUCCCCAGCCUGCUGGAGCACGUGGGCCCCGGAGACGGGCCCCUCACAGACCUUUUGGGCAUCCCCCAUGGCCCCACCCUGGGGUUCGGGCCAUACAAGCAGCAGGUCGCCUCUGAUGACCUGGAGUCAGACUCAGGCCUGUCACUAGGCUCCAGCCCCCCUCUGGCUUCCCCCGGGAACAUGGCCAAUCCGGGCGCCCCUCCCUACGGCUGCGCCGAGGGGGGGGCCCUUGGGUACUGCGGCGGGAACCCGCCAGAGGGCGGGGCCAAUCUGUGCGGGCCGUCGAGAGGGAGGCCUGAGCGUUUUUAUCUGUCAGACCCCCAGCAUGGAGCCAACCCCUACGCUUACCCAGCACCCCCCUCCGCUUACUACCCCCCACUGCCCCCCAUCCAGCCCCAGCCUGCCCCGCCCAAACACCCCCAGGCCUUUGCCCUGCCCCCGCACGACUCGCACCAUAAAGGGCCGGGCCCCCCGGGCCCCCAGGACCCGUACGGGAGGCCCAGGGGCCCGGCGGAUGCCCCGCUCAGCCGCGACCAGAGGCGGGCCCUGGCCCUGAAGAUCCCCUUCCAGCUGGAGAAGAUCGUCAACCUCCCCGUGGACGACUUCAACGAGCUCCUGAGCAAGUACUCGCUGGGCGAGGCUCAGCUGGCCCUGGUGCGUGACAUCCGGCGGCGCGGCAAGAACAAGGUGGCGGCGCAGAACUGCCGCAAGCGCAAGCUGGAGAGCAUCGCCCUGCUGGAGGCGGAGCUGGGCCAGCUCCGGGGCCGGCGCGAGCAGCUCUCCCGCCAGCGGGCCGAGUUCCAGCGGGGCCUCAGCCUGGCCCGCGGCCGGCUCUCCGACCUCCACGCCCAGGUGUUCUCCGCGCUGCGGGACGACCGGGGCCAGCCCUACUCCCCGCUCCAGUACUCCCUGCAGCAGGCCAGAGACGGGGGCUUCUUCCUGGUGCCCCGGAGCGGCGGGGACGGAGAGGCGGAGCUUAAGACACAGAGCUUCGCGGCGCACUGACGUGAGGCCCGGUCCCAGACUCGUCCCCCUCCUGCGGUCUGGGGGGGGGGGGGUUCUGAAAGCCGCUCGCUAUCCUUCCACAGAGCUCUGUAUCGCUGCAUUACCGGCUCCAUUCAGUUCAGCUUCUGCCCUGGUUCUGAGAACAUGAACACAGACCUGGGGCUGCUCUUCAGGGCCUUACAGCCGCUACAGCCUUAAAGCAGCUACGUCAUUAAAACAGCUACACCAUUACAGCAGCUACACCUUUACAGCAGCUACAGCCUUAAAACAGCUACAGCCUUAAAGUAGCUACAGCCUUAAAGUAGCUACACCUUUACAACAGCUACAGCCUUAAAGCAAUUUCACCCUUAAAGCAACUACACUCACAAUGUAGCAGUUGCUUCCCUCCCUGUUACCUAUAUACACUCAGUGAGCACUUUAUUAGGGAUUUAUUAGACUUAUUGGUCUUCUGCUGCUGUAGCCUAUCCACUUAAGAGGAUGUGUGUUCAGAGAUGCUCUUCUGCAUACCACUGUUGUAAUGUGUGGUUAUUUGUGUUACUGUCAUCUUCCUGUCAGCUCUGACCAGUCUUCUCUUCUGACUUCUAAUUAACAAGGCAGAACUGCUACUCACUGGAUGUGGGUGGGUUAUUUGCACUAUUCUCUGCAAACUCUAGAGACAUGCAUGGAAAUCCCAGGAGAUCAGCAGUUUCUGAAACCACCCUGUCUGGCACCAACAAUCAAUCUACAUUCAAAGUCACUGAGAUCACAUUUUUUUCUUCAUUCUGAUGAUUGAUGUGAACAUUUACUGAAUCUCCUGACCUGUAUCUGCCUGAUUUUAUACAUUGCACUGCUGCCACACGAUUGGCUGAUUAGAUAAUCGCAUUAAUAAGUUGGUGUACAGUUGUUCCUAAAAAGUGCUCAGUGAGUGUAUAUUUCAUAAACCCAGUGCUUGCGCUUCCCCAUAUGUGCUGGUUUUCAUUUGCCUCUGUCAAGUUUGAUAGACCUUUUACCUGAACCACAGGUGAUGGUUCAGGAUGGUUAUGGGUGAGAAUUACUCCAGGUGAAACUGAGAAUUACAAGGUAUGGAGGAACCUUGGGCUGGAUUUUGGCCUUUUCCAUUUAAAUGAGUAAAACCACUAACCAUUCAAGCGAAGCUAAAUUUCUCAGCCGACAGAAGGUUCUGGAACAAUGUUCUUCCGAUACCUGGCUUGGUUUAACCCCUGGUGUGAGAGCCAGUACAAAGCUGCCUGUCAAAACCUGCUCCUGGAGUUAACCCUGCUGCAGCCGUGUCUAAAAAGCCGGUUUAGUUGUCCCAUUAUGUUUCCGUGACCCUGCAUAUACAUGACAUCCUCUCUUAAUAAAACAUAAUAGGCUGUGUGUAUUACCAGUUUGUAAAAGUCCCAAAUGUCUGUGAGGGGGCCUGUCCCCAGGGCCCACGUGCCCCACAUAAGGGGGCUUGAUUGAGAUGUCGACAGUUUUAAAGAACACCAGAUACAUACAUGAUUCUAUGUCAGGACCAGGGCCGAACCUGACCACCAUCUUAGCAGACAAAGCGUCUUCAGCAAAUCCGGGAAGCCUGCAGUAUCUCUCAACAUGUAAGGCAUUCAUUUCAGUCCAUCAUGCCUCAUCACAAAGGCCUACAUGGAAACCACAAAAACCUGCAGAUACUGUGACCCCCAGGGUCAGAAUUGGCCCUUAAGCAGCCAAAACUGGGAUUACAACCAGCAAGCCUGUGCUAGAACCCAACAGGCUAAAUAAAGGCAACAGUAUUUCCAAUAUGUAAUGAAACUGGACUGAAAGUCUGAAGGUUUUCCUGCCACUAACCCAUUUAUCUCCAGAUGGGUGUGUUAUAGCUGUUAAAGCUCAUGUGUUCAGUGUUGGCGGCCAUUUUGACGCAGUGAACGGGGGCGCACAAGGCUGGAUGCCCUUCAGGAUUUCCCCAGGACUGGAACAAGCCCACCCAGGGAAAGGGCUCAGAAACCCUCCACAUCAAGUAUUUGAGCAUAGUAAUGUUAAACUGCAAAGACUGACGCUGCUUAAUGUUAAAUGAAUUACUUUUGUUUGGGGACAAGCUGGAAUUCAGGUUUGUUUUUGUUUUUUUUACUGAAAUAAGGUGAAAACUCCUAUUGUAUAUUGACCACCACAUUCUCAUUUGAUGAUCAGCAAAUCCUCCGGAUAACUGUAGCAUCAAAUCCAAUUCUGAGUAUAUGUUUAUGAAUGAGACAUUUGUUUUUAAAGAUUUUUUUAUUGAAAAAUAAAAUAAAUUUUACAAAAUGAAACUGUCCAGCAGCCUUCAGUGUAGAAAAUACGCAUUCCUCUUCUGUCAUCCUUGAAGGUAAGACCAAAAAAGGUUUGUCAACGAAAAGAGCUCAUUUGACGUAGCCAGCACCCAUCCCCACCCCCAUCAAUCCUUUCACUGCAACAGGCAUUGUGCCGACCAAUGAAAAGCUCAGUGGGACAUAUCUCCCAAUCAAAUUAACGUUACAACAUGCUCUCAUAACCACCUAUCUGGGUAAUUUCAGGCAGCACAGUGCCAGGGAGUGUUACAGCAUUAACUGUUUGGCCUGAGGACGGUCAGAAAAUGCACACCUGUGUAGAAACAAUCGCCGAGCAGACCGUGCGGCAGCCACCUGUGCAGGUGUGGGGGUCCAGUCUGUUGAUUCAGUUUCCUAAAAAGGAGAUUUAAUGGAGAGGGGGGAAAGGCAACAUCAAACUUGGAAAAUAUUUAGUGCAUAAAAUUGUCUACAGUAGAGAUCCUCAACGCUGACCCUGAAGGACAGUAGACUACCACUCUCAUUCCCCCUUUAAGACAGGACACCAUGUGUGUGGGGUCUCUGGCCAGUCGGCAACAUGAAUCAAUGCAAGUCAGAUAGAAAAACUAGCAGUACAACUGACUGUUGGCCAGAUUUGAGUAUGCUUGAUCUACAAGUACAAACAAAAAAAACCUCCCCAUGUGUUUACAGGCACUACAACACCAAUGAAGUGGACAAAAUUAUAAACAGUAGGGAUUAUAAAGUCUGGACCAAAUUUCAGGACAGCAUUGAGCCACACAAGCAAUGAAUGUAGUGAAAAUUUAAACUCAUCAACUUUUAUUUCAAUUAACCAGGAAGAAACUUGUGGUCAUGAUGCAGAAGCUCAAAUGUUGGCAUCACAAACCUCAAACUCCAACGUUUUGGCUCUUACCCAUAGUUAAGAGUAGAUUGCCAUCAAUUUCAUUCAUGCGCAUCCAGUACAAAAAAAAUUACAAUAUUUACAGGCUGCAUUUGAACGGAAUGAACUUUAGUUUUGCCAAGUGAUGGAAAUAAAUGCAAGUUGGGGGUUGCCAGGUAUGAGUCACUGACUAAACUCGCUCUCCCGCUUCUGCGCCAAAUGCAGCCAACAGUGCACACCUGGCAACACCACACGCUUCAAGCAGCACAGCUACUUAUCACUAAUAAUCAACACCAAAACCCAUUUAGUCAUUUUCACUAAAUAUCAUGGUCUAAUAUUUUGCGCACUGACCAUCGUAUUUAACUAUGGGUAAGAACCAAAUGGCAAAUUUCCCCCAGAAGUUGCAAAAAAUAAAUAAACAGCUUUUCAGCAAGAGAGGGUGUCAUGGACUAUUGACAGAUUAACAUGCCGACUAAGAUGUGCUAUGCUACAUUCAUAAACACAAGCAAAGCAAAAUUCGGGAAGGGAAAUCUUACCUACUUUGCAAGGUAUAAAAGCACCACCUUUUCGUAGCUGCUAGUCUCAACCUGCUGUCUCACCUGCCUCCUGCUUCUGGCUCCUGGUUGCUGGUCUUGCUACUCCAAGCUAGUCUCUCGUCUGCUACUCUCCAAUAGGAAGACGUGACGCAGAAACACUACAAUCAAGCAAUUCCUUUCCUCCAUUAAACCAAAAAAACGAAAAAAGAAAAAAGAAAGUUUCCAGGCAGUGCGAAUGGGCCUUUUAAAGAUCGGGGCCUAAGAUUGUGAGGGGCAUGGAGUCGGAAACAGGUUCAAAUUUUAUGCACUGUCCACUCUAAAGACUGGGUCGAUGGUACAUUUAGGCCAGGUCAAAAGGUGCACGAGGUAAAUUAAUGUAUUAAGAAAUUAGUUCAGAUACAGUUCUAGAAUUGGGUUGGUACAGCUAGUACACCAAGAGUUGAGCGCAGGAUGUUAGACAGCAGCCGAGGGACAGACAAGCAGUCCUGACUGCAGAGGGGAGCUCAGACUGCUUGAGGAGCAGGGUAGAGGUGAGGUCAGCCCAUUCAGAGAAGAUCAUACAGAGAGCACUGGACUAAGCAGGGGCCUGGCAGGACAGUAGGCUUCAGUACGGACUGCAAGCCAGAGGGCCUGUUCCUCAUCACACCAGAAGCCCGGGGGAGAGGUUCAUUCUAUUCAGGUCAGAACUGCAAGGCAGUGACUAUAGAAGUGUGACAGGAUGGCUGAAGAGCUGACUGACAGUUCAUAUGGAACAAGUAUCCAAUACAGACCGAGGUCACCUUUAGAAACGAGUGUAGGAUUAGCUCUGUCGGUCACAGCUGCAGCAGGGAAUUGGUAGCAGGCCCAAAGCAUUUGCUGUGCUCUGAACAAGGAGGUUUCUAAAGUUUGACCACGGUGCACAUCGAAUAUAACUAAAAAGCAUGGCUAUUGACAGAUUAGUUAACGAGUUCACAGCAGUCUGCCGGUAUGAGUCCUGCACACCUAGGACCUUCCCCUCAGCAACCAUUAGUAAGCGUUCUGGCAAACACCAGCUGCUUUUACCCGAAAAAACUCACAGGAGUUUGAGUGCUGUAUGGCAUGUGAUUUGCGUGUGUUCCCAUUCACCGAUCAGAAGCAGCUCUGGAGUUUGUGCAACAGCCUCUACCUGUCCCUGCUCUACAGGAGAGGUAGACCCAUUAGCGCCCGUACCAUUAGCACGUACAGCUGCUCCUCCAACUCAGCCGCUGCUUCGCUCAACCGGUUACCGUGUUGAAGGUCUAAUGACCUUCACAGUAUUAAGAGGGAACAAGACUUCAACUAGAACUGUUGUCCAGCAAACAAGCGAAAGCAGGGAAGAACCGAUACAUACACUCCUACAAGACACUCAGACAACACUUUCCUUUAAAAAAGGAACUGAAAGAUGGUUUUAUUUCAAAAACACAUGAUUUGUUGCAGUUACAUUUAAAAAAUAAUCAAACAAAAACACCCUAAUGGGCACCAAACUAAAAUUUACAUAAAACAUCGGAAUGCUUUUCACAGAAACAAAAAGGGCAUCUAUAUAAAAUAUUCCCGCAUGGCGGCAGGAAACAAACACGUUUCUUCCCUGCUACUGUGCAUCUGUGGGCGCUGCUGCUGUAAUACCCCACCACCGUUUGGCUGAGCAGAUCUAUGGCGUUAAGCCUGACGCUUCCCUGUCCCCUCUCUGGCUCUCCUCUCCUCUCUCCUCCCUCCUAAGUACUGUACCCUGUUGAACAAUACGGAACAUGGUUAAACUGUGCA